CCGAGAACGCGGGCAGGGAGCACGCUGAGGCCAUGGCCCCUCGGCGCCUCCUGUUGGUCGGGGAGGGGAACUUCUCCUUCGCCGCCGCUCUGAGCGAGACCCUGGAUCCCAGCACCAGGUUAACCGCCACCUGCCUCCAGCGGCCGGCCGACCUUGCCGGGUCUCGGCUAGUCCAGGAGAACCUGCAGCGCCUGCGCGAGCGAGGGACUGAGGUACGUUUUGGUGUGGACUGCACCCAGCUGGCAGAUGCUUUUGAACUGCACGACAGAGAAUUUGAUCGAAUUUAUUUUAACUUUCCGCACUGUGGACGCAAAGCUGGAGUAGCUAAGAACAGGGAACUGCUUGCCAAGUUUUUCCAGAGCUGUGCAGAUGUUCUUGCAGAGGAAGGAGAAAUCCACGUGGCACUGUGUAGAGGACAAGGUGGGACUCCUGCUGAUAAGCCCAUGAGAGAAUGGCACAACAGUUGGCAAGUGGUUGCCAUGGCAGCUCUGGGGGGAUUCAUCUUAAGUGAUGUGCAUCCCUUCAGCUGUGAGGCUGUGUCAGGGUACAAGUGCACUGGAUAUAGGAGUCAAGAUAAGUCCUUUUAUGUAGACGGUGCUUUGAACCAUGUCUUCACCCGGAGCUUACCCUUUGAAGGUUUGCAACCAAGAAUCUCCAGGAUCAAACUGGGUGGCCAGUGGUUUUCUUUUCUAGAACCAGAAGUACUUGUAGGAAAACUGAACAGGGGUUUCCUAGAAGCAUCUUCAUGUCAUCCUGUCAAAACCAUAAAUGAGAAACUCAUUGGUGAAUUGGGGAAAGCUUUCCCUCUAAAACGGCUCAAGUGUUCCUCCCCUUUGCUGCUACAGGGAGGCACCAGUGUUCUUACUUCCUGCAACUAUGACAUCCUAUCAGCUGCCUUUUGGAUUAGUCUCUGUGAAGAUAACUCAAAUGCUGAGUCCCUGACUGGUGGCACAACACAAGACAUGGAGGACUUUCUAGUGUCAUUUUCAGAACUUAGCCUUCCCAAGAGCCUUACAGACAGUAGGGAAGAAGCUCACAAUGGAAUCUCUGGCCAAGCCAAGGUCUGCCUUAGACCUUCUCUUCUAGUUCACGUUCAGACUGUAAUCCAAGCACCAGACUUCCUCCCAGGCUCUGUGCACGUCCUUAGUGGACCUGUCUUUCGGAAGUGCUGCAUCUCGCCCUUCACAAUGCCAGCAUUUCAUGAGACUUUAUUUAUCCUUGGGUUUAAUAAAAAUCUGAAGGAUGGCUGUCUUCGGUCACUACUGGACCACUUGAAGUGCAUUCUAGAUAGCCUUCUGACCCAGACGUUGCUGGAGGGCUCUCAGCUGAGCAGUUCAGUAGAAUUCGUCUUUCAACCAAAUAGGAAAGAUUAUGUGAUUAAUGUGAAGUUUCAUAGUUUUGGCCCAGAUUGUGUCAAGGAUCUGACUGUUGGGUCUGUCACUACAUCUGCUACAAGCGCUAUACACAAAGACCAGUGUUUUGUGUGUGUGUCUGUGAACUUGGACCUGUUGGCCAUGCUUGUCUGGGGUAUCUCUGAUUGGAGGAUGUUAUGGACCUUUGAUACCCGUUUCCUGAAGAAUUUUGUCCCUGGGAAAAUAGAACCCUUUAAAAGCUAUUCCCUACAUCCUCCACACUAUGUACACGAUAUUAGUUUUUGGAUAGAUGAAAAGAAAAGAUUUGAUGAAGUAGAGUUUCACACUGUGGCCCGAGCAGUGUCCCAGGACACUGUCAUAUCCAUACGAUUCCUUAGCCGUUUUCAGCAUCCAAAGACUGAACAGGUCAGCCUCUGCUAUCGAUUGACUUACCAGACGUGUGACAAGGCCCUCACCCAGCAGCAGGUAGCCUCAAUGCAGUCCCAGCUUAGGAAGGAGAUUCAACGACGGCUACAUUUGACACCUCGGUAGUUUAGCAAAUUCACCUCUACAGAGUAAUCCUCGUGAGUGUGGGUAUGGAUGAAAAAGACCAAUUUGUAACCGGUGGUCCUUUCAGGACAGUUUUGGUUUUUUGUUUUUUUUUUGGUAAGAUCUUUUGCUUUGUGACUAUAGCUACUGUUGGUCGACUAAAGAUACCUGUGACUCCAUCACUUAAACUUAUAGAUUAUAAUGCAGUUGGUGACCUUUGGAGUUGUGCAAUAUUUUGAUCCCAAAUAAUGACUACAAAAAAACCCAAAAUGGUAUCUUAUACACGAGAUACUCUAAUGCUGAAGAGAUAGUACAUCUUGAAUGUCUCAUCAAAUAUAUUUAUAAAUAUAUUUUCCACAUUGUCAGUUUCUCUUCCCUCAACUCUAUCAUGUCAUUUCACUAAAUCAAUUGAGAGUGGUUUUUAGAGUCAGACAGACCAGCAUUUAGCUUGGGUAAGUUGCAAGUGCCCCAUAUUAUUACUGAUAUCAUUAUCAACAUCAUGUUUAUUCCAUGGUUGACUGCUGUUCAAGUCGUGGAAUUAAUAAGUGUCAGAUUCAGAGUUCAUCCUUAGGUCUGUCUGACUCUAAAGCCCAUUUUUUUUUCUGCCACUUUCUAUUACCUUACUUCUUCCUUAGUUUUCUUCAACAGUAAUCUCUCAACUGUGAGUAACUCUAAACUUUGCCCCCCUAGAUUUUGGGGCUUUCUGUUGUAAGCAUCUCUACGGGAUACUGGGAGAUUGGCUUAAUCCAGGACAUUGAAGAAUGGGGUGCUCUAAGGUGAAUGAAUAAAUGUUCGUGUUAAUUAAGAGUUAGGCUCCACCAAUUGUAAACUCUAUGAAGGAAGUAACUGACUUAUUUAUUCUUACAUUUGGAGAAGAGCAUGUGGAAAGGCAAAAUGGAAGCAAAGAAACAAAGUAGGAAGUUACUAUAAUAAUGCAAACAAGAGAUAAUGGCGACCUGGACCAUUAUCUGGUGAAUCUAUAGCAGAGGCUGACCUGUUCAGUCUUUGGGGUAGGUAAUAAUUAAGAGGAUUUGCUGAUCAAUUAAACAUAUGUGCAUUCUGAAUGGUGUGGAGCUAGAGAGAGAAGAAUCAAGAAGAAUCCCAAGGUUUUUGACCCAAGCAACUGGGAGAAUAGAAGUGUCUUUAACUGGAAUAGGAAAACUGGUAUAAGAGUUAGUUUGUGGAAUGAAGAACAAGGGAUUUCUUAUGGACACCUUUAUUACUUAGCUCUCCACAUAGACUCUAACUCACUGAGGGCAGGUAAUGUGAUUUAAGCCUUCUUCCACCCCCAAUAGUGCCUGGUACAUAUGGAACUGAGCAGGACCCAGUGAGGGCUUCCUGGGGAUAGACUCCCACCGCCCAUGUCCCCCACCUGUUGUUUGUGGAAAAGCUCUAGCCUCCUAGGCCUUCCCUGAGUUCCAAAGAGCAAAUUUAAUCUGAGAAGUGAGAAAAUGCAGAGACAAAGGAAAACAGUCAAACAAAACAAAAUAAUAAUAGUUUAACCAUAGAACAAAAUCAAGGACCUUUAGUUGCCCCUCAAGGGCUAUAGAUAAUAUUCUGAGCCAUAUCCUUGAGUUGUUUUAUAGAUACUAAACCCCCCACCAGGUAGAAGAAGUCUACUGCGUGCUGACCACCAGCACGUGUAGACCCCAGAUUGGUUGGAACCAGAUGGUAGAUGGUGCUGACUCCCAAAAUAUCACCCAUUUACCUCACCACCAACCAGUCAGAAGGAUGUCUAUGAGCUGACCAUGCAUCCCUCAAACCUUUCCUCUACCUUGCCUUUAAAAAGGCUUCCCUGAAAGACUUUGGGGAGUUCAGGUCUUCUGAGCAUAGAGCUGUCUGUUCUCCUUACAAUAAACGCUGUACUUUCCUUCACCACAA